AUGAGUUACUCUGAAGAUACUUAUGAUUACUUAUUCAAGAUCAUCAUUAUUGGGGAUUCGGGUGUAGGCAAAUCAAAUCUAUUACUUCGAUAUACGUCAAACGAAUUUCUUCAGGAUUCAAGAAGUACGAUAGGAGUGGAAUUUGCCACCAAAACGAUCAAUAUUGAUAAUCACGUUAUUAAAGCUCAGUUAUGGGAUACAAGCGGUCAGGAGCGUUACAAGGCGAUUACGAGUGCAUUCUAUAGAGGAGCUGUAGGUGCUUUGUUAGUCUAUGACAUUACCAGGAAAUCAUCAUUUAAUCAUAUCGCACAGUGGUUAGAAGAGUUAAAUGAACAUAUAGAGGAUUCUAUCCCACUUGUGCUAGUUGGAAAUAAGAUAGAUUUAUCAGACACAAGUCGUGCUGUGAGUACAGAAGAAGCAAAAAACUAUGCAUCAAAAUCGAAAAUGAUGUUUUUUGAAGCAAGUGCUUAUGAUACAACAAACGUGACUUUGGCAUUCGAGACUAUGUUCAACCAGAUUUAUAAAGAAUUAUCAAAAAGUAAACUAUUGAAAAGGAAUACAUCACGAGAUGUACAUGCUUUACCUGUAAAUACAGUCAACACCAUCCGCCUACGUCCACCUUCUGUUUAUAACAAUAACAAUAGCUUGACACAUGGUAAAAAAUCUGAAAAUAAAUGCUGUUCAUAA